GGGAGAGAGGGGGAGCGAGAGAGAGAGAGAGAGAGAGAGAGAGAGAGAGAGUCCCACAGUGUUUUCUCGGCAGAUGAGUCCAGUCUGGCUGCUUCAGAAGAGACACAGACCCGCUAUGCCCCGAACUGCCUGGUGCAGGGUGACAACACUGAAGGAGAGGAAGCUUAGUUCAUUCCCAUUUUAUCAGAAAGUGGAUUGAUGGACCUCCAUUAUGGGCAAGUGGACAUGAUUCUACAUUCAGCAGCUGUGGCACAAUGUCGAAUAUGAUUUACCUGACUGCCAUAAGCAUUUUGUACUUGCCUGUUUUACUGUUUGAGGCCUAUGUGUUGUCUAAAGGCAAGUAUGAGAGGUCAGUGGUGCCGAGUUCUGCCUCUCGCCUGGUGGCGAGGAUGGACGGGGAUAUUAUAAUCGGUGCCCUCUUCUCUGUUCACCACCAACCAUCAGCUGAGAAGGUGGCAGAGAGGAAAUGUGGAGAAGUCCGUGAACAGUACGGCAUCCAAAGAGUGGAAGCCAUGUUCCAUGCCUUGGAUCGGAUUAACUCAGACCCUAACCUGUUACCCAACAUCACCCUGGGCUGUGAGAUCAGGGACUCCUGCUGGCAUUCCUCUGUGGCUCUGGAGCAGAGCAUUGAGUUCAUACGAGACUCUCUCAUCUCCAUCCGGGAUGAAAAGGACGGCUCCAGGUGGUGCAUUGAAGGGGCACCUUCCAGUCAGCCGCCACCGACCAAGAAGCCCAUCGCAGGGGUCAUCGGGCCUGGCUCGAGCUCAGUUGCAAUUCAAGUUCAAAACCUUCUGCAGCUGUUUAACAUCCCCCAGAUUGCCUAUUCUGCAACCAGUAUUGACCUCAGUGACAAGACCUUAUUUAAGUACUUCCUCAGGGUUGUGCCCUCAGACACUCUUCAGGCCCGGGCCCUCUUGGACAUCGUUAAGCUAUACAACUGGACCUAUGUGUCUGCAGUGCACACAGAGGGUAACUACGGGGAGAGUGGCAUGGAAGUGUUUAAAGAGCUCGCCUCACAGAGCGGCCUCUGCAUCGCCCACUCUGACAAGAUCUACAGCAAUGCCGGGGAGAAGCACUUUGACAGGCUGCUGCGGAAGCUGCGGGAGCGUCUGCCGAAAGCCCGUGUUGUUGUCUGCUUCUGUGAAGGCAUGACAGUCAGAGGGUUGCUCAUGGCCAUGAGACGGCUCGGAGUAGCUGGAGAGUUCCUCCUAAUUGGCAG